GCUUUUUGAAUUAAUAUUCUAGAUACCAUACCACCUCGCCUCAAGGACAUAGUAGCAUCACCUUAAGUUGUACUGUUCAAGACUCUGUUUCACUGAGCCAUCGUCGACAUACCUCAGUGCGCUUGCCAAUGGGAAAUCUCGAUUUUGCAUCUUCAUCUCCUAGAGUUUGGCUUGUGACAGGAUGCUCGUCCGGCAUUGGGCGUGAGCUCGUCACUGCCAUACUCUCCCGAGGAGAUAAGGUUAUUCCUACUGUACGAAGACUCUCUGACCUGGAAUACGUCAACGCCAUACCCGGGGCGACCGACAGGCUCUACCCUCUCGAACUGGAUGUAACUAUGCCUGAACUCGAGCUCUCUGCUAAGGUACGCAACGCCAUAGCACACAUGGGACGCAUUGAUGUUUUAGUUAACAAUGCCGGCUUUGUGAUGUCAGGCGUAUGGGAAGAGAUCAGCGAAAGCGAAAUGAGAAGACAGUUUGAAACAAACUUCUAUGGAGCCUUGAAAAUGACCCGCUGUGUGCUGGAACCUAUGCGUAUGCAACGGUCUGGGGCGAUCCUCUUCAUGGGUAGCAUUGCGGGCUGGUAUGGACAUGCGGCUGGUGGGCCAUACAGCGCAUCGAAAUUUGCUAUCGAAGGUGCUGCCGAAUGUUUGUCACGGGAGACGAUGCACUUGGGCAUACGAGUCCACGUGUUCGUGCUAGGAAUGUUCAGGACGAGUAUUCUAAGUCCUAACAAUAAGAACAAAACCUAUAACUCGACUACGAUUCAAGACUAUGUUACUGUGCAGGAGAAUAGCAGGCGCAGACACCAGGAAGGUGACGGUAAGCAACUAGGGAAUCCGAGACUAGCUGCACACAAGAUGAUGGAUGCCGUCGCAUUGAUGUUCGCCAGCUCUACGCCUCUCCCCCAUAGAAUACCGCUAGGCAGCGAUGCUUUGACUAUCAUUAAGAGGAAAUGCAUGGAUACGAUGGAAGGGCUGAAGGGUUGGGACGCAUUUGCAUCAAGUACAGAUAUUGUAGAGGACCCGUUGUUGAGCCCAAGCUAUUACAGAUUGCAAUGUAACGUAACCAGCUGUAAGCCAGAGCUCCCGAAGGGAAUUGCUCCUGCUACCCUUGGCCUGAGCAGAUUGUGAAGAGCAGAAAAGACGA